UAAAACAAGAGAGGUAGAGUCAAAAAGAAAAAGGGAGAAAAUGACCGAAAACAAGGAAAAUGGCAUGGUCGGUGGGAAGGGUAUAAGAGUAAUCUCAAAUCAUAAAGGUUAAAUUUGCUGCUUACAAUUUUACAAAGUAUUUAGAGCCCGUUUGGUAGCACGAAAAUCGGCUGUUUUGGCUGAUUCUGCUGAAAUUUAUGAAAUUCUGGCUGAAGUGGCUGUUUUGACUGAUUCUGCUGAUUCAAGAAAAAAAUAUUUUAAAAAUAUAUUUUAUUAAUAAAUUAUAGAAAAAAUUACAUGUAAAAAUAGCUAAAAUAGUCCUCUACGGUAACUUCAGCCAAUACAGCCAGAAAAGUAACUUCAACCUUACUUUUUCUGCUUAUUACACAAUUCAGCACACAAAAGUAAAAGUUAAGUGUUUGGUGAAAAAGCUGGCUGAUAAGCCUGAUAAGCCGAAAAAAGAGGUCUCCAAACGGGCUCUUAUGCUGCUGCUGCUAGCUAGCUCUGUCCCUCCUCAUCCCAUCUCUGCCCAUCCCCCAGAUUAUCCAUCAUCUUAAUUCCUUGUGAUCUACCUAUUAGAGAGCGAUUAAUUAUUAUUAUUAUUAUUAUUAGAAACUAAUUAAUUUAUGAAGCAUUGUUGUUAUUAAUAUAUAACCAUGAAAACCUCUUCCGCCCUGAUAAUGAUCUUCCUCUGUUCAGUAAUACAGCCGCCGCUACCUGCCGCCGCAGUUCUCCACUCAAGCAGUAGCAGCACGCCGCCUUCCGCUGCCGCCGCCAAAUCAUUCAUCUACGACACCUGCAAUUCUGCAAACAACAAGACCACAUCCACAUGCUACGGGUGGCUGUCCGCCCACGCCGGGGAUUUGGAAAAGCUCAAGGUCUACAAGCUGGUCAAGCUGGCCAUGAACCUCACCUUGGCAGAGGCCAAGUUCGUGGUCAAGAGCAUAAAGGAUAGUGCUGAGAAGGGACUGGGAGAUUGCUUGGAGACCAUGGGAGAUUGCGUGGACAGUGUGAAAAUGUCGCUGAGUCAGGUGAAGCAUCUCACGCCAAAUCGGUCAGAAGUGCUGCAUUUGCAGAUUAGCAACCUGCAGACGUGGAUGAGCGCGGCGCUUACGGAUGAAGAUACGUGUGAGGAUGAAAUCGGAGACGUGUCAGAUACGGGGCUUAAGUCGUUGGUGGCCGAUGGGAUCCGGAAUGUCAGCGGCCAUAUCAGCAUUACCCUCGCUUUGAUCAACCUUUUCGCACACAAGUGUGGCUUUUAAAGUCUUGAUUAAUCUCUUGUUUUUAUACCAACACAAGUAUGAAUGUUUCGUGUACACAUGAUUUUACACGCCGAUCAAAUUGUCUAUGCACAAAC